AAUAGUUUGGGUAUAUUAUUCAAACACCUGGCGUUCGCAGAAAAACACGCAAACAUCGUAAGCCUUUUUUCAUCAUAAAUAAGGAAUAUAAUUUAUGUUAGUUAUGUGUAGUAUAUCAGCUCAGAAAACUGUCAUGUCGUUUGCCAAACAUCACGUUGAAGUUUGAAAGAUAUCUCCCCUGAAGACUACGGGGGCGUCAAAGAUCAAUUCAAUGGAUUACUGGGUGGAUUUUACAUCAACCGUAUGUCAGUGCUCAUUACCUGUGAUUGAAUGUAAACCAAGUCACUUAUUUGCACAGUAUUAUUGUUAUAUUCUAAAUAUUUUCUCAACAUCAUAGUAUCAUUGAUGAAAAAAUGUCCACAAAAAAACAGCAGAUGGUCAGAACAGUCGAGAAUACACCGCGUGAUAAAGUGGAUUUUCACUGCUUUGGUAUUCUCACGGUGUCGCGGUCCCUUGUCGGCCCGUUUGGCCAACUUCGAAAAAAUGAAAAUGUAAAAAUGAUUUGUUUACAUACCAUCCUCGUGAGCUUUACCUCCACGAUGGCACUCUCGAAAACUUAAUUACGAUCUCAAUUCCGACAACGUCAUGAAGCGUUCAAAAACAAAACAAGGGAAAACCUUAAAAGAAAAGAAUUUGGCACAUAAUUUGACCUUGGAUUCUUCUUAUCUUCCCGGUUGUCCAUAAACAACUUUUACGUUUUAUGAAAUUGGGUUAGCUGUGACCCUGUGACCGUGGCUGUCACCACCACGGCUCAGAAGAACACCGAGACACGUGACCUCCCAACAUGAGUUACCUAGGCAACAUGAGGAAAACAACAUGGCGGCUCGAGAUGAGAUCAAAAUCUCCCAAAAGACAUCAAUUUUGCCUCCUAUAAUAUGUGCAUGGAACCAAAAGAAAAAAAACUCGCAUUUACCGCAUCCGGUACAGAAUGUGGAGAAAAUUUAUGAUUUAAAAAGAUUUUGUAAGCUGCUUUGUGAAUGGUAUGAGGUUUGGCGAGGUUGGCAGAAAGAGGUGUUAUUGUGUACCUUGACAGAGAAAUGUUCGGUGAAUUUACUUGUCUUGCUAUCUACAAUCCUUAAACCAGUAUUCCAUAGAGAAUUUUUGUUCAGAUUAAGUGGUCAAUACACUAAUUUUAAACGUGAAAAUUCCCAAAAGUCGACGACAAAAUUUCGAAGGCCAAGAACAAGAGGCAACAAUGUAGAGAAAGACUUAAUCAACGGCAAAGAUUUCGACAAGAAACAAAGCUGCAAAGCAAACAAAAAGCUUUUUCAUGACGAGUUUCGAGAAAUUACUGGUUGCGGUGUAUUUCAGGGAACAAAAGAUAAAAAACUGUGUAAAAAAAGGCCGUCCUUUAAAUCAAGGAGAUGUGGAACACCAUCAAAUGAAAGUAUAGAAUCUGUGAAUAGUUCUUUUACUGAUUGGAGACGGCAAAAAUUAUCAAACAAACUAAUUGAUUAUCAAAAAAUGUCUGACACGAAAGUCUCAAACCCAAUAUUUUUUAAUGCAUUUGAGGAGAGUAGAUUACGCCAUGUACACACGGGAAACGUUUACAAAUCUGGAGAAAAAAUUUCAAGAUUUUUCUCAGCAACUCGUUACAAUUGCUUGAGUGAAAUGAAAGCUAAGCUUGUUGGCUCAGAAUCUUGGCAAAAUCAACUAGAUCAAAAGUGUUUCAAGCAUGAACGAUGGUGGUCUGAUGAUAUGAAUGAAAAUUUUUUUGUUCAUGCUCAAGGGUCAAAUCUAUGGAAACAAUUCACAAGAAAACUUUGUGAAGUCAAUAAGCAGAUGGAUGAAUACAGUGACCAUGAAAAGGUCAAUGUCAUAUCUGAAGUUAUCAAAAGCUCAGAACCAGAGCAAAUCAACUUUUUUACCCAAUGUUUGAUACAAAGGUUAAAGAAUCACACAGACGUAACUAUACUUCCUGAUCAGACGUUGCUUCAAGUGUUUUCUAAUCUUGAUGCUGAAACAUUGUGUCUAUUAUCAAUGGUGUCAAAACGUUGGCGUUAUUUGGCUGAAGAUGAUUAUCUAUGGAAAAAAAAGUGCUUAGAGUUAGGUUUAUCCAAUGGUGUUAAAAAUAUCGUGUCACUUAUUGAGAAUUUUGCUGAAAACCGUUCAGUAGACUGGAAACGAGCGUACAAAGAAGUAUAUCAAAUGCUAAUAAAUGAGAGAAAAAUGGAAAAAGAAAAGGAGAUGGAGGAAUCUGUGAGCACAUCAUCAGACUCCCAAUUUGAUAGUGAAAGUGAAGAAGAUGAUGAUUACAAUAAUCGAACACAAGCAAGUGCAGCGGCAGAAGGAAUGACGACGGACAUUCAACUUGCAUACCUUGAUCUUUCACCAAAAUUGGACGUUGUAUCGUCCAAGUGUUUUGACGAAAAUGAAAUUUUGAUUCGUGGAGAUCUCGCAUCAGUACGGGAAAAUGCUUCAUCUGAAUUGCAGAACAAAAAGCAGAAUGUUGAUCAAGAGGAAAUUGCUUUUGAUGUUCGAACAAAUAAAGUUCAACCUCGUAAUGAAAUCGAAAAUUUUCAAAACGAAAGCCACCAAAUGAUUACUCUAACUGUCUUGGAUGUAAAAUCUGUCAAAAGAGUACGCAAACUUCAAGGACAUCUGGAUGGCGUAUAUGCAGUACAAUUUGACAGAAAACGAUGUUUGACAGGAUCAGCUGAUCGUUUAUUGAGAAUGUGGGAUGUACGAAGUGGUCGAACCAUUAGCACUAUGACAGGUCACUUGGGUGGAGUACGAUGUGCCCUAUUUGACAGAGAGAAGAUAAUAAGUGGAUCAUGGGAUGCAACAGUUAUGAUCUGGGACAUCAUUAAGUUUACAUGUCUUGCCGUCUUGCGCGGUCAUCAAGGAUGUGUUUCUUGCCUUGGAUGUAAUAAAGUUUAUAUUGUGAGCGGAUCACAUGAUAUGACUGCAAGAGUGUGGGAUGGGGAUACAUGGGAAUGUUUGCAUGUCCUCGAGGGGCACUUAGGUGAAGUAACUUGUCUUUAUUUGAGUGAAAAACUUCUUUUGACUGGAUCAACCGACAAAACAAUCAAAUUAUGGAAUCUUCAAACUGGGAAAUGUGCGAAAACUUUACUUGGCCACAAUAAUGCAGUUUUAUCAGUUCAGGGUUGUCGUGCUCUCGUCAUCAGUGGCUCAAGCGAAGGCAAGAUUAUGUUUUGGAAUAUUCGAUUUGGGUCACCUGUAGCAAUCAUCCAAGCUCAUGAUGGUCCUUGUAACUCCAUUGAUAUAUGGGGAGACCAUUUUCUCUCUGGUGGAGGGGAUGCGUUAGUAAAACAGUGGGAUAUUGGUACAAUGACCUGUCUACGUACUCUGCAAGGUCACAGAGGACCCGUUCAAAGUGUCAAGAUGAACUGGAAUCGUAUCAUCUCUUCGUCUGAAGACGGAACUGUAAGAAUAUGGGAUUUGGAAGAUCACUUGCACAAGUUUGGUGAACAACAUGAGGAAUACGUAAAUUCUGUGCUUUCUUUCAACAUACUUGAACUUGAAGAAGACAAAUCAUGAAGGUAAACUGCGCUGUUCAUAAACAAUAUCAAAUCGUAAUAUUUCAUAUUCACCUCUAUUAUGACAAUGUGAUCAUAUUUAUCGCUAUUUUUUAAAUAUAUACUGCAUGCAAAUGUACAACUUACAAUGGUUAUAAUACGAACACUUGGAACGGAAAUUUUUGUAUGUAAAACUGUAAACUUUACCAAAUCAGAAAAGUGAAUUUUAUGAAUGAA